GUACAUGGAGAGGUAUGAGGACUUGCAAAACAAGUCAUUCUUGUUGUUUUGAUGCUUGUAGUCAGACAGUAGUAAAAACGGUGAAGAAGUCAAUAGUGUUGAAUUACUUGAAGACCAGAGAAUUUUUAUUAUACUGGAUGACUAAAUUUUGUCGUUUACAACUGGCACAACAAAGAAAAUUCAUCUAUUUACAUGAAAGUAAUAACAGCCUGAUCAAUACAUGGAUAACUUCUUUUCUUUAUUAAAAUUUGGUCCGCAGUCAGGUUCAGUGAGACAGCACUUGGAAGAAGGGAAUCGCUGUAUGAAUAAUGGCGAUUAUGAAUCAGCAAUUGAACACUAUGUACAAUGUUUGAGACCUCCAAGCAAGAAUAGCGUCAAAAUGAUGGCAUAUUUUGGUGCUGGUAACGCUUGUGUCCUCUCUAAAAAAUGGAAGGAUGGAAUGAAAAAUUUUGAUGAUUGCUUGAAGAUUUCUUCAAACGUGAAACGUGAAUUUUUUCAACAUCAAGUUUAUCUUGGCCUGGGUAAUAUUGAUUCUACCAUUGAAAGAUUUGUGGACGACCUGAAGAAAGAUAAAAUGGUCUGUCUUUGCCAUAUUGCAUUGGGAGGAUUGAACAAGCGGCUUGAAAAUUAUGAGAAAUCUUUGGAGCAUUAUAGAAAAGGAUUCUCUCUUAUUGAAUGUCAACACCAAGAAAAUCAGCAAGAACAAAAAAAAGAACCAAAGAAAGUUGAUGGUAUUAACGUUAGUAAAGAUUUCAUCGACCACAACAUGAAGAACUUGUCACUUGUUACUUCAACUGGAAUCAUGAAUGGAGUGUUAGUUGUUUAUUGGGAAUUAACAGAAUUGUUUGAUAAACUUAAAAGACGGCACGAGGCAACUUGUAUGUACAAAAUAUAUAUGGAGGAAUUGCAGUGGAAAUGCGUUGAUGAAUCAACUAAACAUAAUCAAUUGUUUUUAAAAAUGAUUAAGUAUGGACGAGAUCCCAAAGUCAAUGUUGAAUAUAUAAGCGAUGUGCGUGUAAUUUUCUCCGGAGAAUUUUGCAUCGGCAAAGGAAGUGAUGGAACUCGUGUUUAUCUUGGACUGGGAAAAGAUGGCUAUGGAAAAGCAGUGAAACGAAUACCUCGUGAUAUCUGCAUUGGGCUUACACAACAAGAAAAGAAAAUUUUCAAAGAAAUCAUCAAAAAAAAAUCGAAUGAUGUUGUGAAUUAUUUUUACUUAGAAGAAGACAUUACAUCAGAAUAUGUUUAUUUAAUACUCGACCUGUGUGAAGAAUCGCUGGUGGAUUUUGUGCAAUCGGAAUCAAAUAGUUUGGCUUAUCUUCAAAAAUCGCUUCCCAAAGUUCUCAGACAAAUUUUAAAAGGCUUAGCUCAUCUUCACAGCGAGCCACAUCCUGUUCUUCAUCGAGAUUUAAAGCCUUCCAAUGUUCUCCGAGAAGCCCAAGGCAAAUUUCUGAUAGCUGACUUUGGUAUCAGUCGAAUACUAAAAAGUGAUUAUAAGACAUUUAAACACGGCCUUACUUGGGGAUCUGAUUAUUGGGUUACUCCCGAAUCGUAUUGUCCGGAUGAUGAGUCGAUUAAAAAGUCACAUUACAAAAAAGAGUCUGAUGUAAUGACUGCAGGAAUGGUGGCUUUUUAUGUUGCAACAAAAGGGAAACAUCCUUUUGGAGAUCGAACGACAAGACUGCAAAACUUGUUGAAUGGAAACCCUGUUGAAUUGAAAAACAUAGUAGAUGUUGAACUUAAAGAUCUUCUUUCGUGGAUGCUACAAUUGAGACCUGAACUCAGACCAUCUGCUAACGAGGCGUUAAAACACCCUUAUCUACAAUCCGAUGAAUGUAAGUUUGACUUGAUGUGUGAUGCGGGAAACCAACCCGAGAUAGAGAUACCAUAUUUAGGUCAUCCUCUCUACUCAGAUGUCCAUGAGCAGUUAAAUGGGUUAAAAAAUUGGAAGGAUCGUAUUGAUCUUGAAGUCUUUAGUGAUUUCAAUGUGGGACAUUACGAUGCUACAUGGUUAGGUUGCUUGCAAUUUAUACAUAAUGUUCACCAGCAUUGGAAUGAUGUACCUCGUCUAAAACGGCUUCAAAGUGAUGGUAAUUAUAAAAAGUAUUUCUUACAAGUUUUUCAAGAGCUUCCUCUGUUGGUGAACAGAAUUAUAAGAUUAAAUGAAUGGAAGUCAAAACCAGAUCUCGAAGAACACUUUUCAAUUUCAGAAUUACACUUGCAAAAAUGGAAAUACAUCGGUGAAUCAAAAAAACAUAAAGAAUUGUUGUUAAAACUAACUGAGUAUGGACAAGAUCUUAACGCUGAGGUUAAACAUUUGAACGAUGUACGUGUAGUUUUCUCGGAACAGUUUUUACUUGGCAAAGGAAGUGAUGGAACCCGUGUUUAUCUUGGACUGGGAAAGGAUGGUUACGGUAAAGCAGUAAAACGAAUAAUUCGUGAUAACUGCAUUGGGCUUGUGCAACAAGAAAAGAAAAUUUUGAAUGAAAUCGAAGCAAAGGGCUCGAAGUAUGUUGUAAAUUAUUCUUACUUAAACGACACUGAAACAGAACAUGUCUAUUUAAUACUCGACCUGUGUGAAGAAUCACUGGAGCAUUUUGUGGAGUCAAAGAGUUUGGCUUAUCUUCGAAAAUUUCUUCCCAAAAUUCUCAGACACAUUUUAAAAGGAUUAGCUGAUCUUCAUAGUGACCCAUAUCCUAUUCUUCAUCGGGAUUUGAAGCCUUCUAAUGUUUUCCGAGACGCACAGGGCAAAUUUUUAAUAGCUGACUUUGGUAUGAGUCGAAUUUUGAAAAAUGGAUCUAACACAUUAAAAAGUGGCACCAAAAUGGGAGCUGGGUAUUGGAUUGCUCCCGAAUCAUAUUGUAAAGAUGAAGAUUCGGUUGAUAAAGCACGUUACAAAAAAGAGUCUGAUGUAAUGAAUGCUGGAAUGGUGGCUUAUUUUGUUGCAACAAAAGGGAAACAUCCUUUUGGAACUCAAGCGACAAUAUCGCAUAACUUGUUGAAUGGAAACCCUGUUUUCUUGAAUGAAAUUGAUGAUGUUAAACUUAAAGAUCUUCUAUCAUGGAUGCUACAGGUAAAACCCGAACUACGACCAAAUGCCAACGAGGCGUUAGAACACCCUUAUCUACGAUCCGAUGAAAAGAACUUUGAUAUGUUGUGUGAUGUGGCAAACCAACCAGUGAUAGAGAUACCGUAUUUAGGUCAUCCUCUUAACUCAGAUGUGCGUGAGCAGUUAAAUGGUCUAAAUAAUUGGAUGGGCCGUAUUGAACCUGAAGUUUUUAAUAAUUUCAAUAAAAGUCAAUACGACUCCACAUGGUUGGGUUGCUUAAAAUUUUUGCAAAACGUUCACCAGAAUUGGCAUGAUGAACCUCGUCCACAACUGUCAUCAUAUGUUAAAGAUGGAAACUAUCAAGAGUAUUUCCUCAAAGUUUUUUCAGAGCUUCCUCUGCUAGUAAACAAAAUGAAAAGGUUGAUUAAAUGGAAGUCAAGUCCUGAUCUUAAAGAACACUUUUCAAAGUGGAAAUACAUUGGUAAAUCAACAAAACAUGAAGAAAUGAUUUCAAAACUAAUUGAGUUUGGAGGCAAGAUUCCCAAUGCUGAGGUCAAAGAUGUGAACGGUGUACGUGUAAUUUUCUCAGAAGCGUUUUGCAUCGGCUGUGGAAGUAAUGGAACCCGUGUCUAUCUUGGACUGGGAAAGGAUGGCUACGGUAAAGCAGUGAAACGAAUACUUCGUGAUAAAGGCAUCAAUCUUGCACAUAAAGAAAAAGAAAUUUUGAAUGAAUUAAGCGCAAAGGAAUCAAAGUUUGUUGUCAAUUAUCACUGCUUAGAAGAAGACAAUGGAAAAGAAUAUGUCUAUUUAAUAUUGGACCUAUGUGAAGAAUCGCUGGAGGAUUUUGUGCAAUCAGAAUCAAAUAGCUUGGCUUAUCUUCAAAAAUCUCUUCCCGAAAUUCUCAGACACAUUUUAAAAGGAUUAUCUGAUCUUCAUAGUGGCGAAAAUCCUAUUCUCCAUCGCGAUUUAAAGCCUUCUAAUGUACUCCGAGAUGCACAAGGAAAAUUUCUGAUAGCUGACUUUGGUAUUAGUCGAAUAUUGAAAGAUGGAAGUAAGACAAAAGUAAGUAAUCCUAAUAAGGGAACUCCGCAUUGGAUUGCUCCUGAAUCAUUUGGUACAGAAAAAAAUCAGGAUGGCAAAGGACGUUACAAAACAGAGUCGGAUGUAAUGACUGCAGGAAUGGUAGCUUUUUAUGUUGCCACAAAAGGAGACCAUCCUUUUAAAACUGAAGAGAAUAUAUUGAAAGGAAACCCUGUUGGCUUGGAGAAAAUAGAUAAUGUCGAUCUAAAAGAUCUACUGUCAUGGAUGCUACAGCUAAAACCGGAAGACAGACCAUCGGCCAACGAAGCGUUAAAACACCCUUAUCUACAAACCGAUGAGGAGAAUUUCGAUUUGCUGUGUGAUGUUGGGAAUGAACCAGAAAUAAAAACAUCAUCUCCACAUUCUCUUCCCUCAAAUCUUCGUGAGCAGUUGAAUCUUUCAAUAGAUUGGAAGGGCCGUAUCGAUGCUGAAGUCUUUAAACAUUUCAAUAAAGUAUCUGACUCUACAUGGUUAGGUUGCCUAAGAUUUUUGCGAAACGUUCGCCAGCAUUGGUAUGAUAAACCUCGUCCACAACUGUCAUGUGUUAAAGAUGGAAACUAUCAAAAGUAUUUUCUUCGACUUUUUAUGGAACUGCCUCUUCUAGUUCACAGAACCAUACGAUUGAGUGACUGGAAGACAAGACCUGUUCUAGAGAAACAUUUUCCAAACAGAGAACAUCCUGUAAAACUUGAAGAAGGCAAGGGAAAGAAAAGCGAAGCUGUUGUUGAUUACCCUGAUCUCAACGACGAGAUUAACGAUUUGUCAGAUAUCCAAAGAUAGUGAAGAGUACCUACGAAUCAUGGUGAUUCAGAGACUUUGGCAUAAUUUUAUCGUAUGGUAAAAAGAAACUUAUAGCUUAUUAUGUUGUCAAACUUGUAAAGAAGACAUGUGCAAUAGUAAAUAUUGCGUAUCCUUUGCUUUAAGUCAGCAAAUGCUUUCACGUCGUAUGCAUUAAUGCUGAAAUUGCGAUUCUUCUUUGCAUUAUUUAUCCUAAGUGUAAAUGGUCAGAUCAAAUGACGAAAGGAAAAACAAGAACAUUAUCGUUUUCAAUUUAAAGCUAAAAUGUGCCACAUCAAUGAAGCCAUUUUAUUGUCUGCAAAAGAGGUUUAUGGGAAAGCAAUUGGCAAGAAGGAAAUCAAUGAUACCACAAUUCAAGAUCCUCCUUUAUGUAUGUUUUAAUUUAAGGCUCGUAAGCAAGUUAGAUUAAGCUAAGUAACCAAGUUGGAUAUUACAUGGCCAGAUUGCUAUGAAUUUUCAUUGGAUUUUACAAUGUUAUAUAAUUAACUACUUUUUUGUCUUCAAAUGACUAACGAUCUAAAACUGAAGGCGAAUGAAAUUUAAAUUUGAUUUCCAUACAUCAUGUUUCUUAUGUAAAAUAUACAAUAAAUUUUAACAUGUGUAAUUUAGUAAUACAUAACAUUUCUUCAAGUAUAACAAUGUAUAACAAUACAUAUAACUAUAUAUAACAAUAUAAUAUGGAUGUCAUGACUUGUAACGCAAUUAAGGAGUUGCUCGAUCUGUGCUCAAAAUCCGUUGUACUUUAGCGUUAUAUAAGUCUUUCGUAUGAGCUCCGAGCGUGAGUUCAAUGUACUAGAACGCUAUUUAGUUUAUGUACGUCACUACAGUACCACUGCAAAGAGUAAAAGAUUGAUACGCAUAAAAAGAACAACUUAUUGAAUCGGGGAAAUUGGUUAUAUUUUAAUAAAAUGACACUUUUA